AUGGCCGCUUUUCACCUCAGCCAGCACCCCCACGCGGGCGCGGACCCGCGGCGGCUCCUCCACCGGCUCACCGUGGCCUCCCUCCUCAGCGUGCUCUGCUUCUCCAUGGUCUACCUCCUCACCGGGUGCCGCGAGUCCGAGCUGGCGGACAACUUUGACAUCAAGCCGCCCGCGCGCGACUUCCCGGCGUCGGGCUCGGGGUGGGCGCACGAGGGGAACGGCACCGGCGCGGUCCGGGAGAGCCGGGACCGGGCCGGGAUGGAGAGCAACAGCUCCGGGAAAGAGUGGACGGCCACGCGCAGGCUGCCCCAGGCUCUGAUCAUUGGGGUGAAGAAGGGGGGCACCAGGGCGCUGCUGGAGUUCCUGCGGCUGCACCCGGACAUCCGCGCCCUGGGCUCAGAACCGCACUUCUUCGAUCGGCAUUACGCACGAGGACUGGACUGGUACAGGAGUAUGAUGCCCAAAGCCCUGGACGGCCAGAUCGUCAUGGAGAAGACGCCCCGCUACUUUGUUACCGUGGACACGCCGGCGAGAGUCCACGCCAUGUCCCAGGACGUAAAGCUGAUCGUGGUGGUGCGCGACCCCGUCACUCGAGCCAUAUCCGAUUAUACACAGAUCAUCUCCAAGACCCCGGACAUCCCGCCCUUUGAGACCCUGGCCUUCAAAAACCGCACCACAGGUCAGAUUGACUCUCUGUGGAGCCCGCUGUGGAUCGGCCUCUAUGCCCAACACAUGGAGCGCUGGCUGGCUUGGUUCCCCAGGAGUCAGAUCCAUCUGGUCAAUGGCGAGAGGCUCAUCUCAGACCCGGCUGGAGAACUGGGCAAAGUCCAGGACUUUCUGGGCCUUCAGAGGAUAGUCACUGACAAGCACUUCUACUUUAACAAGACGAAGGGUUUCCCCUGCCUGAAGAAGCCCGAGGGCAGCAGCAAACCCCACUGCCUGGGGAAGACCAAGGGAAGGACGCACGUCUCCAUAGAUAAGGAGGUCCUUCAGAAACUGAGGGACUUCUACAAGCCCCAUAACCAGCGCUUCUACCAGCUAGCAGGACAAGACUUUGGAUGGCAGUGA